AUGGCCGCUGCUCGGUGCCCUUCCCUUGUUCUCAUGCUGCUACUGUCCUGCACCUGCUACGGCGCCGCGUCCGCCGCGGCGGACGGCAAGCUGAUCCACCUCCACUUCUACUUCCACGAGGUCAGAGCCGGCGCCCCCAACGCCACCGUCGUCAGCGUCGUAAGCCUGAACAACAAGAGCGCGGGCGCGUUCGGGGACGUGAAAGUCCUGGACAACGAGCUGCGUGAAGGCCCGGACCCGGAGUCGCGGCUAAUCGGCAGGGCGCAAGGCUUUGGGGUGAACGCGUCACUGGACGGCUCCAGCUAUUUCUCGGCCAUCGACUUCGUCUUCUCCGGCGACGACGGGGAGUACAGCGGCAGCACAGUGUCGGCGCAGGGCCGGUUCGACCCGACGGGGAGACGCACGGAUGAACGCAGCAUCGUGGGCGGCACCGGCAAGCUCCGGUUCGCGCGAGGGUACAUGACCAGCCGGAUCCUGAGCUCCACGAACUCCUACCUCGUCGCCGUCUUCGACAUGUACUUGACCCUCGCCCACUGAUCGUCAAUUAUUCCGCCUUGCUUUCGAAACCAACAGAGAUGUGUUCAGCGUCUAGUUUAUCUGUUGUGUGAGUACAGAGUAUGUGGGUUGUAAUCGUCUAAAGUUGUACCGGAACAAAUAAAAAAAA